AUGGCGGACGCCUCAAAAAAGCAGAAAGUCGUGAUCGUGGGUGCGGGGCCGGUUGGCUCACUUGCUGCCCUCUACGCAGCAUCAAGGGGCGAUGAUGUUGAGAUAUAUGAGUUACGCGGAGAUCUCCGGGAUCCGUCGACUAUUCCGCUCAACUUCACCAAAUCGAUCAACCUUGCUCUCUCCGAGCGCGGUAUCAAUUCGAUGAAGGAGUCAGGGCGACAUGGCUUGAUCGACAAGCUUCUCCAGGAGACCAUACCUAUGUAUGGUCGAAUGAUCCAUGGACGAAAUGCUUCCGGAGAGCUAUGGGGAGCCGCCCAAGCUUACGAUGUUCACGGCAGAGCCAUUAAUGCGGUAGACCGUGGUUCUCUGAACAAUGCUCUUCUAGACGAACUUGAUCGAACGCCAAAUGUCAAAAUGUUCUUUAACCACAAACUUACUGGAGCCGACUUCCGCUCGAACAAGGCGUGGUUUGAACAGCGGCUACCUGACGGUGCCGAUGACAAGUCGGAUCGAGCACCUGAAGUUGAAGUCUCAUUUGAUAUGUUAAUUGGCGCUGAUGGGGCUCAUUCUGCAACGAGGUACCACAUGAUGAAAUUUGCUCGUGUGGACUAUCAGCAAGAGUAUAUUGACACGUUGUGGUGCGAGUUCCGAAUUCCUCCAACAGAGGAUGGAAACUUCCGUAUUUCUCCGAAUCAUCUUCACAUUUGGCCAGGGAAGGAGUUCAUGUUCAUUGCCCUGCCUUCUGCAGACAAGUCAUUCACAUGUACAUUGUUUGCACCAUCGUCUCACUACUCUAAGUUAGAGGAUGGACCCGAGAAGGUUGUUGAGUUCUUUGACAAAUACUUCCCUGGCGUGUGCCCAGAUUUGAUCACCCCAGAUGCCCUUCAGGAACAAUUCACAUCCAACCCUCAUCUCCCUCUCAUCAGCAUCAAAUGCAAACCUCAUCACUACGGCUCCAGCGUGGUGAUACUUGGUGAUGCUGCACAUGCAGUGCUCCCUUUCUAUGGCCAGGGCCUGAACGCUGGUAUGGAAGACGUCCGGGUUCUGUUUGAGAUUCUGGACAAACAUGGCGUCUAUAACUCACUGUAUGACCCUGAUGCUCAAAAGGCCUCAAGGGCUAGCGCCUUCCAGGCGUAUACUGAUCAGCGUGCGCCUGAUACCCAUGCUAUUAAUGAUUUAUCAAAGCGCAACUACCUCGAGAUGCGCUGGGGUGUCAAGUUACCUCUUUACAAACUCCGUAAAUAUGUUGAGGAAACCUUGGACAGCUAUUUCCCUCGUCUUGGCUGGAGAACGCAGUACUCUCGCGUUAGCUUCAGCAAUGAGCGGUACUCUGAGGUCAUCAGGGCUGCGGAUAGGCAAGGGGAGAUAUUCACUGCAUUCCUGGGCUCUGUGACCCUUUCGUUGCUGGGUUCUCUCGGGUUCAUACUCUGCAGGUUUCGGACGCAUAUACUCCCUUCGGGGUUCGUUUUGUCCCCUCUACAAACCUUGACAGACAUUUCAUUCAAGGUAUAUCAUGCCACUUUACGUGCGUAUUCGUACUCAUGA